GUUCUCUCUCUUUCUCUCUAUUUCGAUCGCGGAAAUCCGUAGAGAGACUUACGCGAAGAUUGGCGACGCGAUCAGAAUAAGGCAGAUCUGGUACUUUCAAUUCUUGUUCCGGCCGAUCGAUCCAUAUGCUUUUGAAUCAAAGAAUUGGCAUCAGUUUUCUGUUUUUCCGAGUUGCUGAUAAAUCGAAGACUUAUUUGAAACAUUGUUGAAAUUUCGAAUUGGGGAGACGAGGAUUGUGAAGAAAACCAGAGGAAGAAAAGAUUUCCAUCUCGUCUGAGAUUAGUGCAACCAUGAAUUCGAGGAGGGACUAUCGUGGUAGCAGAGCUGCUCUUUUUGCUGGCAUUGAAGAAGGUGGUAUCCGAGCUUCACAUUACUCAUCUCAUGAAAUUUCUGAGCAUGAUAACGAUCUAGCUAUUGAAGGACUGCAAGAUAGAGUCAGCAUUUUGAAGAGACUGACAGGUGAUAUCCAUGAAGAGGUUGAGAGUCACAACAGACUGCUUGAUCGCAUGGGCAAUGACAUGGAUUCAUCAAGGGGAGUUCUUUCUGGAACUGUGGAUCGCUUCAAGAUGGUUUUCCAGACCAAAUCUGGGCGUCGAACAGUGACCCUCGUCGCAUCCUUUGUAGCUCUCUUCUUAUUCAUCUAUUUCCUCACCAAGUAGCUGCCAGCGUCUUCCAUUGGAUGUUUUGAAUGGUUAUGUAAUCGACAAAUGUGUCGUCGCCUCUACAAACAUAUCAAAUGUACAAGAUCUGCGUGGAUGGAUAACUGUUCACGGAGUGCGUAUGGUUUACUGCUCUUGUUUUCAUCUUCGAUUGUGCAUCCUCCUGUGUGGAUUAUGAUACGAUAUUAUCAAUAGAAUAACUGAUACUUCUGGAUAUUA